GGAAGGGAAUGCAAGGAGCUCAGAGGGAGAUCCGCGAAGAUCGAACAGAUCUUCCUCUAAAUUUGGGGAUUGGAUGACUCCCACCUGGAGGAUCGGAUCCCCGAAACUCGGAUGGGUGAUACUAUCGACGCUCAGGGCACUUUGGCAGCACACUGCGAUGAUCUCGCAAUAGAGGAAGAGGAGAGGCUUGAGAUGGAACGUGCGAUUGCUGCCAUAAGCGCCACUGCCGUGGAUUCCCCGCUCACGUCAAACAAAACCGGCGGUGACGCCAUCGAACGCGACCAAUACACUGCAUUCGCACCCGUAGCAUCCGCAUACUCGGUUGAACAUACGUCCACCGGCUUCAAGCACGCAAUCUGGAAGAUGGAUACCUUCAACCAUCUUGCACCGAUCUCUAUUCGAGCCCUCCAAUUCCUUGGGAACGUCACAGAUGAACAAGUUACGCACUGCAGGACGCAGAUACUGAAGGGAAAGCUGAAGUUCUGUGGCAGGGUCAUCUUGCUAGAUCCCCAAGAUCUGAAGUUUCCCUCCAUGCGCGAGCUGGAUCCUGACAAAUGCCGAGAAACGAACUCAGGAAUGUGGCAGAAGGGCAUCAGGCAGGAUGAAAAACCGGAACUCAGGAUUCUGAGGAAAGUAUGGAGUGUCGACAGACUAUACCUCAAAUGCAAAUGCAAGAAAGAAAAAAGUAAAGACUGUGGAGAUACCCCUCUGUGGUUCGAUCAUGAGAUAUGGUACCUAUUGGCGCAUCCCGACAUUCUGUUCCCUGGCAUGUCAUCGAUCAAAAUUCGGACUUCGAUGCUCAUCCACUAUCUCAGGACCACCUGGAGGGAGGGGGUAAUCGCGACCAUCAGCUUCCACUUCCUCAGGGACCUGAUGUUGAGCUACACUAAGGCACUCGAAGAGGACGCAACCCUGAAUGCAGAAACCGUGUUAAAAGAGGAUCGCCUCUCGAACUACCCGAUUCCCAUGGCGCUCGCACGCAUCCUGCUCCCCACCCGAAUUCCAGAGAAACCCACAAGGGUCCCGCUCAGUUCUCCACGUGCCACAGCACGGAAGAGGAAUCGGACGGCACAGUUGCCAGGCCAGUCCACGCUUAACUUCCAGCCGGCCCGACCUGCGACUGCUGCUCCCCCGCAUCCACCUCCUCAUCCUCCUCCCCCUCCUCCUCCUCCACCUCCUAUCCCACCCCCGCAACAGCCCGCGAUGGCGGCCGCGAAUACACCGCUUCGGACCGGCGCGUUUUACUCAGGCAGCACCCCCAUUAACCUGCUCCUUGAUGGGGGACGGCAAUCGAUACCACACGCGCCUACCUGGCUGCCGGUCUUAGCUUCUGUGCUUCCGACCAUUCACCCCCUGGUGGACAUCAGGGGCCUCACCCCGCCGCCGGUCAUCCACAUCUCACCGGAGAGUUCGGCACACUCCACGCUCACUCAAGCAGGAAAGAGGACGAAGAGCACGGGUGGGAGGGGUGCCGGCAGGGGAGGAGCUGCUAACGCCAGGAGAUGCCCCACGAAGACCUAUGACCCGGAGCAGUUCCCCUGCAGAGCUCGGAGAUAUGCGGACAUGCGGAGUAACUGGUCGAUAGAGCUGCUUCACAACGAGGGGUGCACGCAUGUCAUCACCUUGGAUUCAUCAAUCACGGAUAACCCACUGUUGCAGGGAUUCAUCAACACGGGCCUCAACCACAUCCCCUUCAUGGCUCUCGACGUGGAGGAGGCGAUGGGAGAAUUGGAACGUUUUCAAGACAAUCUCUUCGCAAAGGCGUUUUUCCAAGAGAAGAGCUUGGAGGUAGAGGAGCAAUACGGGGUCAGACCCAACCUAUGGUGGGCCAUAGCCUCAAUGGGCGAGUUCCAUGCGAAUCUGCCAAAGAAAGUUUAUUCCAUCUUCACCGCCGACAUUACGAGGUGUUUCGAGGCGAUCCCGACAGACAACUCGGAGGAUAGCCUCCCCGCUGCGAUCAUAUUCUACGUACAGUCCGCAAUGCAGAUAAGGAGGGAGAGGAGCUCCUGCCAUACCGUUCGUAUCAGAUUUGGCGAGAAGGGCAGUCUGUGGCCAUCAUGGGUGGACAAUGAGCAGCGCGAGGAGAUGGGGUCGCUCUUAUUCAAGGAAGGGGAUAUCUGCUGGAUCGCGGAGUGGUGCAUUGCCAAUAGCCUGUUGCGAAUGGGCGAUUUUGUGUGGCGACAGGUGAGGGGCAUUCCUAUGGGGCUCGUGUGCUCCCCAAUCUGGUGUGACAUAUACUUUUUCAAGUACGAGUUUCACGCCAUGAUGAGAUUGGCGGACAGAGGGAAUGCCCACCUGAUCCCGUACUUCGAGGGCACCUUCAGGUACAUCGACAAACUUGGUGCCAUCAAUAACGCGGUGAUUAGGGACUUUCUGCGCGGAUCCGGGGAGAGAGACGCGGGUGACCCCUGCUGGAUUUAUCCCGAUCAGUUCAUCGAGAUCAAGGAGAACACAGAAGUGUGCGAGGACGGAGUUGGCCGCAUUGCGAACUUCCUCAGCAUGACCAUUACGGUCACAUCACCGAUCACGGGCACGUACAUUAUAUCCAAGCACGAUAAGCGCGCUGGUCGUGGCUUCUCGCCCUGCCGAUUCAUGAAAUACAAGUCCAACCGGAGCACCAAGCAGUCGUUGCAGAUCAUUACGGCACAGGUAGCUCAGAUAUUUAUGAUCUGCUCAGAACCAAAGGACGCAGCGAAUGAGAUCGCGAAGGUGGUGCAGGCGAUGGUGGGGAAUGGCUUCGCUGCUAGCGCCUGUUGGAAAGUGGUCAAGAAGACUCUUCGGAAUGCUUACCUUUACCAGCCUGGCAGAUUGUCUGUGCAUAUGAUUAGGGAAGCAUUGGCUAAUUUGCAUGGGAUUUGGGAGGGUCGCGGUGCAAUACGGUUUGAGCGGGAGCCUUGUGCGGACCGGUUCGACAUGGACUUCUUUGUCGAAUGGGACCAGGAGGAGGAGCAACGCGAGGAGGAGGAAGUGGUAACGCUCCUUGCGUGAGACCCUCCAGUUUGCUUCCCUGAUCGAACAAUCGGUCUUACACUAUGCAAAGCGUC